CAGUGCACUUGGCAAUGAAAAUACAAGGUAAACUUCAGCAGUAUCUAGAACAUUUUUCUGUCUCCUUCUCGACCCAGCUGAGUGGUUACUUCGCAGGUCGAUGCAAGAUUCCACUCUGAAUCAUCACUAGAGUAGCUGAAUGGAACGAAGCAUAAUUACCUGGUCUACCGUGGAUGACAGUUUUGAACAAGCAAGAUAAGCGCCUACUGCGAUUUGUUCCGAUGGCCAAAUAUGGCUUGAGGAUAGACGAUGUAGUGCAACAAGGGCAAACAGAGUGGUGACCAAAGCGUCCUGCAUUUCCAGACUCGGACGCUUUCAAAGCGACCAUCCAUAUACCUGACUCAUGACUUAAUUUAUCCCGCUGAAGGUAAAGCAAGACACUCUCAUGUUCCUCGACAUACUCAUACCUCCGCUUUUCCAGAUGGCUAAUCUGUCUGUCUUCCGUCGCGAACCAACAGCUGAUGAGAUUGCAGCGGCGGCCUCCGAAGUUCUCAAUCAUGAGAAGGCCGUCUCACAGCUCCAGAGCCAAAUACAGUCGUUGCAGUCUCAAAUAAACGCACUUAGAGCAGCUCAAGCGGACCAUAUCCGGACGAUCAAUAGACACAAAGGUGUCAUGACCCUCGCUCGUCGACUUCCAUCCGAACUAUUAGCACGCAUAUUCGAGCGUUGUGUCAAGGACGGUUGGUAUCGUGCACCUCUUGUUGUGUCUCAGGUAUGUUCGCAGUGGCGGACAGCAGCUCUGGCACCGAGAGUAUGGUCACGCAUAUACUUGAAUCUCGAUGAUCCGAGUGCCAUCAAUAGGACAAGAUUCUGGCUUAGAAUGGCUUCUCGAGCACCAUUACAUGUCAUCCUCCUCUCGACCGGGCGCGUGCCAGCAACUCAGCUGCUCAGAGCUAUGGAACUUCUUCUGACCCAUGCUCCCGAAUGGAAAACGUUCAAAUUUGAGACAAGCGGCUUUCAUCAUGUACAGCUGGUAACACUGUGCAUAACCCAGUCCCAUUCAUAUCUUCCCAAAUUGAAGAAAGUGUCCAUCACUACCGAUACACUCCCUGGGGUAGAAAUGAAUGGGGAGGAGGAGGAAACAAUUGAUUUUGCAGAUGCUCUUGACUCAGAACGGGCUCCGAACCUGAUGCAAAUCUCACUAUCCUGCAAGUCUGUUCCCCCGUUGACCUUCCCGUCGCAUCUGCAUAAAUUGGAACUCGCCAUUACAGAAUCUCCAGACUCACGCCCGCUUGCUGCGAGUGCGCUCAUCGCGCUGCUAGAAGGCCUUCCCAAUCUCACACAUCUGUGCAUUUCCAUGCCGUUCGACUAUGAGCGGGAGUAUAUUGACGACGGGGAUCCGCAGGGAGUGACACUUCCCGAGUUGACGUCGUUAAUAAUCUAUGGGCCUACCGACUUGAACGGGUUCCUAUAUUACCUUCAUACCCCAUACCUUCGUAGACUUCAUCUUCGUUCUCUGGAGGACCGUGGAUAUAGACAAGAUCCCAUCGCACCCAGCCUUCUGCAUUUCAUUCGAGAUACCUCAAGUUUCUUCUCCAGUUCGCCCAUAGAGGUCCUCGAGCUGUACGACAUUGAUCUUUCUCCGGAGUAUUUCGCUUCGUGCUUUCUCUCCCUGCCAAAUCUCACUGAGCUUCGUUUGCACGAAUCGUCUAUCUCCGAUGGCACGUUGCGGAUUUUGCAAGCCGGAGGUGAUGGAUUGUCCGGAUGUCUCUGUCCGAAGCUGUCCAAGUUAGACCUGCGGUGGUGCGCAAACCUCACUGGGCGGGCCCUGGUCGAACUGCUUCGAAGUCGCCUUCCGGGCGGCCUUCACUGUGGCUAUCCUGCAUAUCCAAUGCCCGGACAGUAUUCGUAUAGUGAGGAGCUAGUGAUGUCUCCAAUCACCGAGGUCACUGUCAUCAACUGCUGCUACGUCGAAGAGCAAGACAUCCUAAACUUAGCCGUGAUGUCGCUGUGCCGAGUAGUCGUUAAGGAGACAGAUUAUUGUGCCACCCGCCGAUGUUGUGGAAAUGCUCGCUACCGACAACGGUUGCAAAUGCGCCACCUCUUGGGUCUCCCCGCGGACCAGAAGGCUCAGCUUCGGCUCAUUAUAUGAUGUCGUGAAGGAAGACACUGCGUGUAGAUUCAGUUUUUCUAUCCGCAACUGGUUUCAUUUUCCUUUUUUGAUACCUUCGUGCCUGACAUCUGUAUCUGUAGCAACUAGAGUGGUCACUGCCGUGCGGGAGCAAAGGAAUCAGAUGUAUAUUGGAUCAUAUCUUCCAGUAUCUUUAUUACCAGUUUGUUCCUCCUAUCAUGUAUCAAUACCAGCUUCGUCCUCGGAUACAUACAUCGCGAAUCAUGCGUGUCUCAGUAAUGACACGUUGAAAGCGGAAAUACUAAAAACUAUAUGUUUCACGCC